CCUAGAUCAAUACCUGAGUCGGAAGCUGAAUCGAGGCCUCAAUCGAAACCUCAAUCGAGGUCACAAUCAAGGCCUCAAUCAAGACCUCAAUCAAGACCCCAGUCAGGAUCGCAGUCAAGAGCUCAAUCAAGACCUCAAUCAAGACCUCAAUCGUCUAGAGCUCAAUCAAGACCUCAAACAACACCGGCGGAAACAGAACAAGCAGAAGCAUCCAAGUACGCGAAAGUGUCGCAAUACGAAACCGUACGACCGUAUCCAGAAUUUUGGCAGAGAAUCAUUCGUAUUAUACCAUGGAAUGUUACAGAAGGCGAUGCAGGUCGUGCAAAACUCUCAAAAGCACUCGAAGAACUCGCAAAGGGAUCUCGAACAAAACCUAGCAAGCCUAGAUCAAUACCUGAGUCGGAAGCUGAAUCGAGGCCUCAAUCGAAACCUCAAUCGAGGUCACAAUCAAGGCCUCAAUCAAGACCUCAAUCAAGACCCCAGUCAGGAUCGCAGUCAAGAGCUCAAUCAAGACCUCAAUCAAGACCUCAAUCGUCUAGAGCUCAAUCAAGACCUCAAACAACACCGGCGGAAACAGAACAAGCAGAAGCAUCCAAGUACGCGAAAGUGUCGCAAUACGAAACCGUACGACCGUAUCCAGAAUUUUGGCAGAGAAUCAUUCGUAUUAUACCAUGGAAUGUUACAGAAGGCGAUGCAACAGUUAACGAGACCGAGACAGUGGUGGGACAAGUUGCAUGAGAAGAUCGUUGAAAACUCGCAUCUCUACUGCACAUCGAUAGUGGACGACAAGCAUUGUAGAGCUAAGGAAAACCGUACAUAUUUCUACGGCUCCAAAUGUAUCGACGACACAACUAAUGUGACAAGAAUAAUGCCGGCAGCAGAACAGUACUUCAGAUCGCAUACAGCCACUCCCAAAUCGUUUGACAUCGAUACGUAUAUGCAAGCUUUGUAUUAUGCUAUUCUCACUACCGGUGUUGGUCUCACAGGAAUUCUCUGCUCUUCAUCAUUCCGCCAUCAACAGGGAGACAGCUAUCGGUUGUUUUACGGCAUUGUGUAUAGCCAGUGUGUUCGAGAGUACACCGCGGUUCGGGUCCAGCUACCAACCAAGAAAAUCAGGCAAGUUCCUAAUGAAAAGACGAGAGGUCAUGUGAAACGUCCUAAGCGAGGCAGUUCUUUCGAGCGUUGUGAAAUACAAGCUGA